UACAAUACAAACACACACACAGCUUCCAUUGUUCCUAGCAGUUCACCAGCCCACUGAUCCUAAUAUGGAAUUCAGCAGGAAACCCAUGAUUUCCUGACACAGAGCAAACCCGAGCAAGGCAGGGGGGGGGGAAACUCCAUUAAAAUCUUCAGCGCUCCUCCAUGUUAGAUCCCCAAACAGAAGGGAAGGAUGGAGUGGCUUAACAGCAAGCUGUGAUCUCUUGGGUUACACAGCAGGAGGGAAACAAGAGCUGGAUUGCAUUUGUGUGUUUCUUUUCUUGCACAGACCAUGUGUGUGCUGCGUGGGUCAGAAACGAGAUCAUCCUGCAAGUAACUGUAGCAAUGAAGUGUCUGGCGACUGGCAAAAGUAUCCCCCCUCUCUGACACACACACACACACCACCAUGAUCAGGGGAUAUUGCAACAGCGAAUACAGUUUAUUAUGAUUUCCUGAAAUUUCAGUCUCCCAGGAACAGAAACUUGAACUUGGAGCUGGUGUUAUCGUGCGCUGUGGAAGCCGUGCGUGCGAGAAAUGAAUAUGAGAGAGGAAAAUGACCGCUCGGGAUGCAGCAGCGUGAAGAGAAUGCUGAAGUGUGUGGUGGUUGGAGACGGCGCCGUGGGCAAAACCUGCCUGUUGAUGAGUUACGCCAAUGAUGCUUUCCCUGAGCAGUACGUCCCCACUGUAUUUGACCACUACGCAGUAACAGUAACUGUUGGAGGGAAGCAAUAUCUCCUGGGACUCUACGACACUGCAGGACAGGAAGACUACGAUCAACUGAGACCAUUGUCGUACCCCAACACGGACGUCUUCCUAAUCUGCUUCUCUGUUGUCAACCCGGCUUCUUAUCAGAAUGUCCAAGAGGAAUGGGUAUCAGAGCUGAGGGCAUGUAUGCCACAUAUUCCCUACGUCCUCAUAGGAACUCAGAUUGAUCUGCGCGAUGACCCUAUAACUUUGGCUCGGCUUCUCCAUAUGAAAGAGAAACCCAUCACCCAAGAGCAAGGAAUGAAGCUUGCAAAAAUGAUCGGAGCACAGUGCUACCUGGAAUGUUCAGCCUUGACCCAAAAGGGCCUUAAGAAUGUUUUUGAUGAAGCAAUCUUCACCGUCUUCCAUCCCAAGAAAAAGAAGAGGCGUUGUGUGAAAUGUCGCAACUCAUGCACAAUAGUAUAAGGUCACUGCCUGCGGAGAACUGUACAUAAAUAGGAGCAAAGACUUGAAACUCCAGCAUCACAAGUUGCAAGUGGAAGCUUUGUCUGUGAUGCACCAAUCAUGAUGGAGUAUAUGAGCAGUGCAUAUUGCAUAGCCACGUGGCUAGGAGCCUGGAACGAUGCCAAGAGUUGACUUUUUAUUGUUGUCUCUCUCACACACUGCGAUGUAUGUCACUGAGCUGAGAUAAAACACAAUAUGUGCCUUUUUUUACUUUCA